UAGCUAGUUAGCUACAAGCUAGCGAAUUGACGAGAUUGAUUCAGCCAGUACGCCAAUACUAGAAUAUAAUAAUGUCAGGGGCGCAAGGAGCACAGCCAAAGGGAGAUCUAACACCAACCACGUAUGAAUCAGUUGAUCAGAGAGAGGAGAACAAGCCUCGAAUGGAUAUCCAUUCCCGUGAAGAUGAGCGUGGUAUUCAGAUUGAUAAAGUUCAGGACAAGGUCAAAGAUGCCGCCGGCUUAGGUGGCCCUGUUUUUGGUGCCGGCGAGGAAGAGAACAAGCAAGACUUAGGCGUUACCGGCACGCCCAGUAACAACUAAUAAACAAUUAAUGUACCAAGUCCAGUUUUUAGUUUUUAUACUAGUCUCGUUCUAUGUUUUUCCAAUGCAUCAAAAAUUACUAUACUGGUAGUGGUGGUGGUAGUAGUAGUGAAUUGUGUGGAAAGUUUUGGUCUGUUUGGGGCUUGAAAUAAUCCAAAGUUAGGUGACGAAUAAGAAACUCUUUUCACAUUAUUAUAUGAAUGAUUAAGCAGUGAGCCUAUCCA